UUCAACAGAUUCGACCUUGCUUAAGUUUGGAACGGUUGCAUCUGAAGGCUCAGCAUCUGUAAAUGAUGUUUCAGUCACCGAGCUAUAUCCUCGUUGAUUUUGUCUUCCUGCCGAGUCAAUCUCCACGCCUUGUUCCUCUCCCUUUACUCGAACAUGAGUGACUAUGGCUUCCACAGCGCGUCCAUUGGGCAUGCCCCAAACACCGUCAAUGGCUUCGCCCUAUGCAGAGCCGACGUGACCCUCCACACGUGUCGCGUCUGUGUGAAGCUGGCCUCGGUGCAGGUGCUUCGUGAGUGCCCCAAUGCGAGACAGGCUGCUAUAUGGUACAAACACUGCGCCAUGCGCUACACUAACGAUCCACUAUACGAGAUGAAGACGGCAGAACCCAAUUUUCUGGUAAGCAGUGAUCAAAAUGUUUCGAAUGGAGACAGGUUCAGGGCGGAGAGGGUGGUUCUGAUGGCCGAUCUCGUGGCGCAGGCAGCUAAAGGCAGCUCCGAGAUCAAGGUUGGUGUAGGGAGUAGGGCUUUCUCGGAUAAUGAGUUUUCGAAGAUUUAUGGUCUGGUGCAGUGUUCUCCGGAAUUAUCGUUGCUAGAUUGUCAGGGAUGCCUGAGAGAGGCAUCCAAAUCUUUCCGAAGUGUUGCUGCGGAAGGCUUUAGAGUGCUAAACUCCGAUUGCAACGUUCAAUAUGAACUUUUUGUGUUCUACAAUGAAACUCAUCUGGCGGAAUUAGGGGUGCCUGUUAUUGCUUCACUACAUUCCUCGCCGGCCUCUCAGCCAGAAAAAGAUACAAUACCAGGUAACACUUUUAAACCGGAUGUAAGAAUCAAUGGUAAAAAUACAAUACCAGAAAAGAAAGAUGGUAACAAUACAAGACUGGUUUACAUCCGCAUUGCUGCUUCAGUUGCAUUGGCUCUAAUAUUUCCUGCGUGUAUCUUUAUCUUGGUUCGAGCAAGUAGGACAUCAUACGAAGCCACCGAGACUGCUGAUUAUAUUGGUGAUGGUGAAUUUCAACAAUAUGACUUUAACAGCAUUAGUGCUGCAACUAAUGGUUUUGAUGAAGCUAACAGGCUGGGGAGAGGUGGAUUUGGGACUGUUUAUAAGGGAAACCUUAUAACCGGAGAAGAAGUAGCAGUUAAAAGGCUGUCCAAUUAUUCAACGCAAGGCGAACCGCAAUUUAAGAAUGAGGUUUUCUUGGUUGCAAAACUUAAACAUAUGAAUUUGGUGAAACUCUUAGGUUUCUCUAUGGAAGGAGCUGAGAGGUUACUAAUAUAUGAAUUUGUUCAGAAUGCAAGCCUUGACAAGUUCAUAUUUGAUCCAGUUAAGCGUUCGCAGUUGGAUUGGGAUAGCCGCUACAAGAUCAUAAGGGGCAUUGCAAAGGGAAUGAUGUAUUUGCACGAAGAUUCGGGACUCAAGAUCAUUCAUCGCGAUCUCAAAGCAAGUAAUGUAAUGCUAGAUGAUAAAUUGAAUCCAAAAAUUUCAGAUUUUGGGCUGGCAAGAUUAAUUAAACAAGAUGAUAGCGGCGGAAGUACACUCAACAUUGUUGGAACUUAUGGAUAUAUGGCACCUGAAUACGCAAUGCAAGGAAAAUACUCCUUAAAGUCUGAUGUGUUUAGUUUCGGGGUGCUGGUUCUGGAAAUCGUGAGUGGUCAAAGAAAUAGUUGCGUUCGAAAAGGGAAGAUGAAUGUGGAGGAGUUGUUGACUCUUGUAAGCAAGACAUGGAAGAACUGGCGAGAAGGGACAACUACAAGUAUGGUAGAUCCUACGCUGAUGAAUGGCGCUGGUUCUAUGCAUGACAUGAUGAGAUGCAUUCACAUGGGACUGUUGUGUGUCCAAGAAAAUCCCGCAAAGAGGCCAACAUUGGCUACUGUUGCUCUAAUGCUCAGUAGCUCAGCAAUGACUCUGCCUGUACCUGCUGAGCCUAUGUUUUAUAUGGCUAGUCGAUACGGUCCCAUGGAUUCAACGAAUCAGAAUUCAAAAGAUUCAGACUCGCUGAAGUUUGGAGCGGUUGCAUCUGAAGGCUCGACAUCUGUAAACGAUGUUUCAGUCCCCGAGUUAUAUCCUCGUUGA